AUGGGAUUGGAGCCGGACAACGUGUGUGCUCAUUGCACAUUUAUCAACGCGCCUGGUAGAGUACGUUGCUCCAUGUGUUUUCGCAAUAUUCGAAAACGAAUCCGUGAAGGCGCAGCAGAAAUUGGGUCCGAAUUACAUUUGCCACAUCUGUCAGUGAGCAAUCAAUCGGAAAAGCAACAAGAGGGGUGUGUGGCGACACUCUUUUCCACGGCCUCUGGGCAGCCUGUUGUUGUGUCAGAAAAAUCGUUACAGGCCGCAAGGGAGAGACUGGACGCCGACGACGCACAGAUACCACUGACCCAUGGCAAUGGGGAUGCGGCUGUGGCGACACUCUUUUCCACGGCCUCUGGGCAGCCUGUUGUUGUGUCAGAAAAAUCGUUACAGGCCGCAAGGGAGAGAGUGGACGCCGAUAAUUGCGCAACGCCAUGUGAUAAAGAGUGUGGUGCUCGUGGAAUGAGCGAUUCUUCUUCAGCGGCUUCGCCUUCUUUUGUGGGUCCACGACGGGGUUGUUUUGUAGUUCCUUUUGCUCGAUCACCACAGCCGCGCCAGGUAGUGCCGCCGAAUCGUUUCCAGGAUCCGCCUGCAAGAAGAGAGAUGAGGUCUUUGUCUUUUGAUAUUUUUGCAUUUUUUUCUUUGCCCAUGUCAUCUCUUCCAUCGAGUUUAGAAGUUGUGCAAAGCACUUUUGCAUUCAAGUGUGUGGGGUGCUCUCCGGAACUUUUGCUGCUUCUAGGUCUGAGUGCGGAAGAUGACUCUGUGCCCCCCAGGUCCUUCCAUACGGCUUUGGUGAGACUGGGGGCUUGCACGAGCAGUUGUUCGGAGAAUUGGUGCCAACAGAUGCUGAAAUCGACUUUGUUGAAACUUCGUGGAUUAUCGCUUUGCUGUAGCCCGUCACUUCCUGUAUUUUCUGUGUCCCACGCUCUUCUGUACCUCUGCUUCAAAUACAACCGAGAGUUUGUGGAUGGGGUGCGACCAGCGCUGCGUGUUCUGACAGAAGGGGAUGUUCCAGCAUCAUCGUUAUUGGUUGUAAGCGUUGUGUGUCUUUCCCUUGAGGAACGUCUUGCGCCACAUACUUCUGUGGGUGUGAUUUCCGAUGGCUGCUAUGAAAUUAAGGUGGCUCUGGAUGUGCCGCUGACGAACCUCGUGCGGGAGGGUAUCCUUCGCUGCGGGCAUAAGUUAUUGGUGUGUGGAGCAAAGAUGCUCUUGAAGAAUUUCUGCUCUCCAGUCGACUGUCGUGAUGAUGUGGUCUUGUCGAUUAAUUACAACUGUACGCGACCGGUGGAUCCGACUGCUGCGCUUGGUUUUUACCAAACAAAUCCUCCUGUUGUGUCCUCGGCAGCGGUUCACCCGCUCGGUGGACUCGUACCGUCGAUACGCGGGGUUGUGGAACGUAUUCUUCCACCCAUUUUUGUUGAACAGGUGGUUGGUAACGGCGACGCCGUCAGCACCGGUGCGAAGGUUGUGAGGAACCUCCUUGCGCAGUUAAAACGACUUGAGAGCGUUUUACGUGAGGCCGCAGUGCCGUCUGAGUCGACAAACACGCGCCGUCUUGUGCGUCUGACUUCGCUUGUGCUGACGUGUGAGCAGAAGGAGGAUGUCAUGGUGCAGCUGUGGGAGGAUUGUGCGGAGGGAUGUGGUGCGGAGUCUCUGGAGGAGGACUGCGGCAGUGAAUUUCCCUCCGAGGGGUCCAGUGUUCUUAUCUUUGCUCUCACGCCAUCUCGGAGUCGGCCUUCGCAUCCCUUUCAACAUGCCAAAGUCCUGUACACUCGUGCUCGCCUGGAUUACAGAGUGAUUUCAUCACCUAGUGGAUUUGUGCGGCCGUUACGGUGCAGCAUCAGUGAUGCUGACUUGUCGAUGCCUGCGGGUGCAGCGACGGAUUUUGCUGGUCUUUUUUUGGCUUCCGCAAAAAACGAGGCAGUGAACUCUUUCGUCAUUGUCAUGUUGAAGAAUGAGGAGACAGAGACCCCCUCGUUCUGCAUUAUGGAUGUGCCGUGCGCCACCCCUGUCAAGGAAAUUGCGAUCACGAUGCCCGUAGCUUCCUUUACACCCGUUAUUGUACAAAAUUCAUCCUUCAUUCGUUUUGCAGUGGAUGACUUGGGACCGGACUGCCUGCACGUCUUGGCAAAUGAAUUCACGAAGGUCUUACAAAGACCCGCCUCCUCGUAUCUCCGUACAGCUAUCUCAUCUCUCGAAUUGGUUCGUGAGAAGGCAAUGGGGCGAAAAAGUCUCAUGGCCCGUGCGGAGGAGAUAUUGCGUUUACGCCAGCUGAGUGUUGAGGCACGGACUGACGUGCGUCGUUACUUGGGCGAACUUAAUGGUCGCGAUGUUCCUCUUGCGGUCGCCUCCGGGAGCACGUCACGGCUGCCGUAUUAUAUGCGCGCGGAGAGGAAGGGCCCUAUUUCGAAGGGUGUUGUUAUUCCCACACUGCAUGCGAGGUCUGAGAUGACAGAGGAACAGAAGUCCGUUUUUCCCCCUUCUCCUGCCAUUCACCACGGAGAACGGUCCCAUAUUUUUGGAAAUAUCAUUGAGAUGCGUUUAAUUCGUGUAUUUGAUUCCGGUAGACGUGAGUCUGUUUUGCUCCCCAUCGGUUUGGCGGCCUCAGAUGUUUUGACUGCUGGGCCUGCGGUGCCACAAGAAACGCUUCUUUACGACUCGAUUUGUUUUGAUCUCGUCAUUCAGGUCGGGGCCGUCGCAGAACAGCAGGUGAAGGCCACGAUGAAGAGCCCAGCUGUGCUAAGUGGCAUGCUGGAGCAGAGGCUUGCCAUGCGAAGUGUUUGUGCGGUGGCGGUGGAUGAAGGGCAAGUCGACUACUUCAUGCAGCGGACAAAAAUUCUUGAGACGUGGCAGCGUGCCCCUGAAGAGAGUUGGUGGUGGUUCCUCUCUCUUUCGCAUGUCGUCGCGGGGGACUCGCAUCCACCCGAGACGGAGGGAACGGCGUUGCUGUGGCUUGAAAGUGAGUGGAGGACACUUAUCGACAUGCUCUGUGAGGGUCUGAGGGACAGUUUGUUCAAGUUCAGCGUUGACGCGGCCGGCGAGGUGACCCGCGCUGUUUUCCUCAAGGAAAAUUGUUCUCUCCGCGAGCUCAUGAAGGAGUGA